GAUCACGGAGGGGUGCGAUUCGGUCCGUUCGCUGUCAUGUUUUGAAAACUUUUUCUCUCAAUGACAUGAACAUGCUAUUAUGGAGUUAAAGAAGCAACCAUGGCUCGACUUCGCAGUUGUUUCCGAGCCCGGGCAGUGGGGAUGAAAAGCAAUCCGACUCUGCAGCCGCGCAGCCGAGGAUAGAACGCGGGUGGAAGUAUCUCACUAUGGAUACUUGGUAUGGGGAGACGCUUCUUUUGAGUUUCAGUUUUCUCAGCUUCCUCGCCAUUGUUGUUGUGCUGGCAGUCUAUGACGAGAAGCCAUCGCCGAGUCUGAAAUGGGGUCUGAAGCUGAAUACCAUCAUUUCUAUUCUGGCUACCGCGUGCAAGUCGUCUUUGAUUUUUGUGGUUAGCGAGGCGAUAGGGCAGUUGAAAUGGAUUUGGUUCUGGACGGGGAAGAGAAAACUCAGAAGCUUGCAGACUAUUGAUGAAGCGAGUCGGGGCCCUUUGGGUUCGGUCUCGGUUCUAUUCUCGCGUCCUCAGAAAGGACGUGCGUUGAUAAUGCUUGGAGCCGCAAUCACUCUCCUGGCUCUGGCAUUUGAGGCGUUCAUGCAGCAGAUCGUGAGUUAUCCCGUGCGACAAGUCGACGAUGGCACCGGCCGAGCAAUAGCAAAGCGAAAUGGAUUUCUCUUCGACAAUGAUGCGUAUUGGGCUUACGAGGAGGAUGUCGUUGGCGCAAUCUAUGCGGGGGUGUGGACCACAGAUUUCAGACUGGAUCCAACCUGUCCAUCCGGAAACUGCACCUGGCCACCUUUCCAGUCGAUUGGCUGGUGCAGUCAGUGCGAGGAUAUCACCUCCCAAGCGACCUUGGCCAAUUGUACCAGCAUUCCCGAGGACACGGACAUGACUGAGCCGCAUGUGUAUCCCUGCAACGUGACUGUUCCAAAGGGCAACUGGGCUUCUUUCCCUAUUCACGUGUCCAAGACUAAUGGAGUGGCCAUGCUGGAAAUGCCCACGGAUAUGGUUUGGACGGUUGGUAUAAAGCCGCCUGGGGUGUAUGCCGGUGUCGAAAACCCGCUGAUCGUGCUCGCGCAUGCUGAGAUGCACGAUUACCCUCUUACCACGCCAUCGCACCCGGAAAAGGACAUGAAAAUUGGCAACGUUACCCAAUGCGUGUUAUCCCCAUGUAUGCGGACUUACAGUGUUUCUGUGUCUGGUGGCAAUCCAGCCACGCACCUGUCCCCGCCAAGUUGGGGAGAGCUUGUUGAUGAUGGCCGUAACGUUAGUGACAGCUACAAUGCCGUGUUCCAGUCUACAGCCGGUAACAUAACGGCCGGCAUCUCUCCUUCAUUUGUUUACAAUUUCGAGGACAUCCAUGAUUCUAUACGGUUCACAACGCUGUACAACUACUAUGGUAAUGGCAUGUGGACACGGUCGGGCGAGGUAUAUGAGGACAGCCUCAGGAGACAAGUACGGGCUCGAAAACAGCACUGAAACUGUACACGGGACCAUGUCCGUCUCUCUGGUCUAUGUAUCCGUUGACUGGGAGUGGAUCACCCUC